AUGUCCGCCGGAGUGAGGGAAAGAGGAGGAUGGCAAGAGUAUUGCGCAUACACGUGGACGAAACGGGACAUGGAGAUCAAGCGGGAGCCAGACAAUCUCACGAACGGCAACUCAGCCAUACCGCGAGCGACAACCAUUCGGCGACAUUAUGCAACAUGCGCGAAUGCGCGCAUUCGCGGACGGAAGAGCUUUUCCGCAGCAGACAUUGGAUACCGAUACCAUGGUCAUGAUCAGAUCACUGGCAAGCUGGCGGACAUGCGCGGCAUGGUUGAAGAGCUCGAGGACGAGGAAGUUUCGAGCGAGCGGACAGCAGUUUCGAGCGGGACAAGGAACGGAUACUCAGCCCGAGUCGCCAGCAGUGCCGAGGACAGCCACCUGGAGACGGCGCAUACGGCACAGUGUGACGGGCGAGGCGGCAUCGAGCUCAGCAUUAUAUCACAUCUCGCUUCCCACCGUAUCCCACACCUCACCGGCGCGAACUCGAAGUCUGGAAUCAACGCCAGGCUCGACAUUAUCGCUUCCUCCGACACAGCCGACCGACAUAAAGGCUGA